GAACUAUAUUGGAGGCUCUUUUCUAAUUCUUUAUAUUAUUAUAUAUAAAGAAUUAUAUAUAAAAAAAAAUGCCUCGUGCGAGCUCGGGUUCAGUGGCCUUCAUCAUAACAAGAACUCGCACAAAUGUCAUUCUUCUCUUGUGUUUAGCUCUUUUUAAUGCCUCCCAAAUUAAAAGCCAGGCAAAUUCUACGGUGCGAGGGGCUUGGGAUCCUGACGAGAAACUUUUUAACGUGUUAGACUAUGGCGCAAAACUUGGUGACAAGGAAGUUCAAACUGAAGAUGGAGACGAUGCUAACCGCGUGGCAUUUUUUCACGCAUUUCAAGCAGCAUGCCAACAUGAGGGGAAAGCGAGGCUUCUUAUACCCAGGGGGACCUUUGUUGUUGGCCCCGUAACAUUUAUGGGUCCAUGCAAAAACACAGCUCCUCUAUCCGUUCACAUUCACGCCACCAUUAAAGCAAGCACUGAUAUUUCUUUAUAUCCAGGAGAAGGAGAAGAAUGGGUCAAUUUCAAUGACAUAAAUGGCUUGAUAGUUACUGGAAAGGGCACUUUGGACGGCCAAGGUCCCGCCGCUUGGAAGUACCGUGACACAGGAAAAAGCAACGAUGCUGUUGGCCAACGUCUCCCGGCGAAUGUACAAUUUUCUAAUGUGAAAAACGCAAUUGUAAGAGGAAUAACAUCCCUUAAUAGCAAAGGGUUCCAUUACUUCAUUACUCACUGCGAGAAUAUUAGGCUUGCAAAACUCGUUAUCACUGCUCCAGCCGACAGCCCCAACACAGAUGGCAUUCAUAUCAGCCAAUCCAGUUUGGUGAAGAUAUCCAAAAGCGUCAUCGGAACCGGAGACGAUUGUGUUGGUAUGAUUCGAGGAUCCAGCAACGUCACCAUCAGCAAGGUUACUUGCGGGCCUGGACAUGGAAUAAGUGUUGGUAGCCUCGGCAAGUACGAAAAUGAGGAAGAUGUGACAAGGAUCAGCGUCAAAGAAUGCACCUUAGUAGGCACAGACAAUGGCCUUAGAAUCAAAACAAAUGUAGGGAAAACUCCGAGUCAAGCUAGACAUAUGAUUUUCCAGAACAUCUUCAUGAGAAAUGUUAAGAACCCGAUCAUCAUAAAUCAAUUUUAUGAAAGUGAACAUAAGGAUUCAAUAAUAAAGAUCAGCCAUGUUCAUUUCUUAAACAUUACAGGGACGUCAGUAUCGGAAGUUGCAGUGGAUUUGGCGUGCAGUAAACAGAAUCCGUGCACAAAUGUUGAACUGAGCAACAUUAAUUUGCGUUACAGUGGAAAUCAAAGCAACGUGCCAUUAUCAUCUUCAUGUCUUAAUGCUAAAGUUGGGUAUCAUGGAAUGCAAUCUCCACCACCUUGCCAUUAGGUUUCCUCAUGUAUAUAUCAUAUAGUUUAAGUUA